AUGCUUGCAAAAAAAUCAUCAGACGAACUUUUACUUAUUUCAUGUACAAGUUCAGAUCCAUUUUCUACUUUGAUCAUUGAUAUAUCAUCUGGAAGUGCUGUUUGGGGGUUAAAAGGUCAUGAAUUUAGAUCUGGUAAUGGAUGUCAAGAUAUUUUACCUCUAGGAAUAGAUGGAGAUUAUAUGAUUUGUACAGAAAAUGAGGGUAAAUGGCUUCAUAUUAUAUCUACUAACAGUAAAAAUCGUUUUCACCAAGUAAGUCAUUUAAGUGAACCAUUAGAAAAUAUGAUAAUGAAUUCUGAAGGUUCAAUGAUUUUUUCCAGUUCAGGUUGUAAACUUUAUGUUUGGCAGAUUAUUAAUGGUUCUCUUUUGGCAGUUUUUGAUGAUCAUUACCAAAAAAUAACACGUUUAAGAUUAUCUUCUGAUAAUUCUUUACUUUUUACUAGUUCUGCUGAUGGAAAUGUUCAUGUAUAUAAUGUUACAGAUUUGUAUAAUUUUUAUAAGUCUCCAAAUACUAAACCAACAUCAUUAUUUGAGUAUCGUCCUCAUUCAUUAUCAAUAACUGAUAUGGCAAUUACAAAAGGUGAAAAUCCAAGAAUAAUUACAUGUUCAGAGGAUCAUUCACUAGCCAUAUAUUCUAUGUCUCAACAAAAAAUUAUUUUAAAAGUUACAGCUGAUAAACCAUUAAAAAGUUGUGAAAUUGAUGCAGCUGAAUCUAGGUUGUUCGUUGGAAAUAAUAUGGGAAAUAUAGCUAUUGUUGAUUUGUAUAAUAUUGGAGGUACUACUGAAAAACUUAUUGUAACAACUGGUGAUAAAGUGACAAUUCCUAUUUUGGAGGGACAUGAUUGUGCUGUGACAACUAUUGCCGUUAAUACAGAUGGUUCAAUUUUGGCAACUGGGGAUAUUAAUGGUGGGUAUCGUAUAUGGGAUAUUGCCAGUAGACAGACAAUAAAAAGUUCAACCAUGAAAAAUGGAAUUCGUGUAUUAAAAUUUGUUCCUAAUUGGGAUUCUCUUCAUAGUUCAACAUAUGUUUUACCAAAAAGAAAAUUUGCUUAUUUCCAAAGAGUAUUAAGUGAUCCUAAUGGAGUUGUUGGUGUUUUAUCGAAUAUAUCAUCUAAAAAUUUAGAUCUUAUUACCAAAGAACGACUUGACGAAAUAUUUGAGCAUUACUAUGAUACAGCAGUCAAGUCAUAUAAUGAAUCAAAGAAUAAAAGUUCAGGAAAUGAUUCUGAUAUGGUAAAGAAACUCAAGAAAGAAAUAGAAAGACUCGAAAAUGAAAUAAAAAUAUUAGCAGAUAAUAUUUAA